AUGGAUGACAGCCUUAUACUUGGGGAGGACUUGCCGCUUCCUCCAGAGCGUCUGUUUGAACGCUUGUCGCAACUACCCGGUUACAUAUGGGACCAGAAUCUCCGACCCUUCCGCUCCUCCUACGAUCAUUGGCAUGUCUCCGGUGUCAGGCUGGCUUCAGAUACAGAUGUGCCCAUCCUUACUCCUUCCUCCUCUCGAUCGAAAGAGUCCUCAUCAGCAUCCGCACACACCUCUCCUCGCAUCGAAAACAGACUUCACUCUCGACAUAACUGGAGAAGUAGCCUCAGCGAAUCAAAUAGCGAUGUCUCCUCUCGCAAUGAGCCCGACGCCUCAUGGGUACAGGUAGUGGCUCGUGUCUCAAGCCAUGUUAUAAGACUGGAGCGCGAGUUCCAUACGCUGAAAUCGAUUAUUCAGAUAUCGGAUCCUGAAUGCAAACACACUGUUCGCCCCAUUGAUAUUAUUCGCCUUGCUCCCCAGCCAGGGGAUCGCGGCCCCUUCUUGGUUGCCCUUUACGAGUCCCAAGGCCCCAAUCAAUUGAAAGAACCAGAUGCCUUCCAUUUCAAUGCCGAGACCCGUGCAGUGAAACUCUCAAACAUAGGUAAUGGUGCCAGAUCGUUCGAUAAUGCGUUGAGUGAAGGCUGGUCAAUCCUGUCACGCGAGUUGGGCGUGAAAAAUAAGCUUCAGUUCAUCGCGCCUGAACAAACAGGGAGAUUGCCAACGGAGCCUGAUAGCCGAACUGAUAUAUACGCUCUUGGUGUGUUAUUUUGGUCGAUGCUUGCCGGACAACCUGCAUUCGAUGCUAGUGAUCCAGUCGAAGUUGUACAAAAUGUGCUUGGAAAAACAUUACCCAAGGUUUCCCGCAAAAGGAUGGAUGUACCGGACGCAGCCGCCGCUGUUAUCCAAAAAAUGACCCACAAGCAAAUCAAUGAUAGGUACCACACGAUAUCUUCUGUGAAGUGGGAUCUCCAGCAAAUAUCAAGGCUGCUAGGUGAUGGCGACCAAGAAGGAUUAAACAAUUUCGUCAUAGCCCAACGAGAUGUUUCAUCUUUUUUUACGCUACCAGCAGCUAUGUUUGGGCGGAAAGAAGAGCAUGAAAAAAUUCUUCAAAUUAUUGACAAAGUCCAAAAACGCCAUCAGGCUGCUGUGGCCCAAGCGGCGGCCAAGUCAAUUCACUCUCUUUAUGCCCUUAGCUCAGGCUCAUCUGUUUCCGAUAGUCGUGUGGAUGGCGUCGAGGCCGGGGAUGGUUCCAGCGACUCUGGAUCAUAUGGUAUUGCCGCUAUUAGAACCCAAUCUACGUCUAGUCCUUUCGCUCUUGCACAUACAUCAACGCAGGACUCAGCCUGUAGUGCCGAUUCUUCUUCAAGUCAAAAGACACUUCUUCUCUCCAGUCGAGUUAAAAGUCCCACCGGUUCAAGAAAUUCUGGGGACAUCAAUGAUCGCGAAAGUCACUUGACUUCCUUUGUUGGUAACCACAACCAAUUCGAUUCUCUUGCACCUCUAGGCCGGCGAAAGGUACAGGCAAAGUAUCGGCAAAGUGGCCGCUGUGAAGUGAUAAGCAUAUCUGGUGUUGCUGGUCUUGGAAAGUCAGAUCUUCUGAACCGACUACAACCAGAAAUCCGCAAACAUGGCUAUAUCGCUGUUGCUCGCCUGGAUCGCUCACGGAGGGUUCCAUUCGAACCAUUUUUUAAAAUCCUCGCUAGUCUUCUUCGUCAGAUUUUCUCCGAACGUGACGUUUCAACCGAUUACCACAGCUCAAUACGUGUCACCCUGCAGCCAAUAUGGUUAUCCCUCCACCAAGUCCUCGGCCUACCAGAAAAUUUGAUAUACCCUGUGGGUGUGAAUAGCGAGUCCAUGAACUUCUUGAAGUCUAAUGCUACCCCACUUCAAGUACUUAAAGAAGAGACAGAGGAGUCAUUUCAUCUUCAAGAUGACGGAUUUAUUAGCUUAAGCGCUGGUCAGACUUUAAAGGAUUUUUGUCACGGGCCAUCGUCCAACGCUAUUCUCCGAUUUGCAGAUACUCUGAUUGAAAUAUUGAGGAUUAUGUCGUUCCAUAAACUGAUAUGUGUGUGUUUGGAUGAUAUCCAAUAUGCUGACGUGGAAAGUGUUCAUACUCUUCUUGAGAUCAUCAGAACUAAAAUUCGAUGCGUCCUUAUGAUCACGAGCCGACCAGAAGAAAUAACUUGUCCUGAAUUAAAGGCACUUUUCCAGACGGAGACGGCCAAUGUUACCAGGAUCGAAUUAAAUCCAUUAAGUGAAGCGGAGGUUCACGAAUAUGUUGCUGCCACGAUGCACCAGCCUGCUAGCAAAAAACUGCUUCCUCUUUCCGCAGUGGUCCAAGGAAAAAGCCAAGGCAUCCCGUUUUACAUGCGAAUGAUCCUCGAAACCUGCUAUCGGAAAAACUGUAUAUGGUAUUCCUGGAGAGAUUCUGCUUGGCAGUUUGACUUGGACAGGAUAUUUACAGAAUUUGUGUCCCCCUCUUAUGGCGAAGGUCUCGGUACAGAUUUCAUUGCCAAACGUUUCCAAGAGCUUCCCGUGGAAUCCCGGUCGAUUCUUUUGUGGGCUGCAUUGUUAGGUAGCCCAUUUUCCUUCACUUUAGUUCAGAGGUUGCUCUCAGGGGAAUUCCUGUUCGCUAUGGGUGGGGAAGAUGCGGAGGACAUUACAUGUCCGCGACGGACACCUUUGACACAGACGAAAUCGGGAAUGGUUUCAGGACUUCAGCACUUGCUCCAAAUGUAUAUUAUACUUCCAGGGGAAACUGAUGAUGAAUUUAGAUUCGCCCACGAUCGCUACGCCCAAGCUGUAUCAAGUAUGAGAGAGUGUCAUAAUCAAGAGAAAAUGCACUUCAUUGCCGCACAAACCCUCAUGAAAUACGGACCAACAGAUAGCACUUCACUAUAUUCGAGGGCUCAACAUAUUCAGUGCGCAGCAAGAUUGAUCAAGCAGCGAGUUCACGAACGGAUCAAAUACAGAGAUGCUCUAUACCACGCAGCUCGGACUGCUUUCCAGUCUGGAGCAAAGGCUACUGCGUUAAGCUAUUUUCAAGCUUGCCUGUACCUGCUGCAGGAUGACCCAUGGGAUAGCAAUGCGGAAGACGUUUACUAUGAAGAAACACGAGAGCUCCAUAUUCAAACAGCUGAGAUGCUUAUAUCUAGUGGAAAGUCAGAAGAAGCCAUGGACAUCCUUGACAUUGUGUUUAAGCGCGCACAUACGGCUGUAUGCAAGGCCAGGGCAUGGACACUAAAAAGCAGGAUACUCGCCCACAAUGGCGAUUUUUCUGCUUCCCUGGAGGCUUUGUUCACCGGUAUGGAAGAUUUGGGCGCAAAAAUCAACCGGUCAACCUCCUGGGAAAGCUGUGAUGAGGCGUACGAGAAGCUAAGCGCGUACCUUAAAGCUGCUGACCUCGACGUCGUUUUUUCUGUACCCCUCAGUCAGGACAAAUCAUUGAUCACCCUUGGGUCACUAAUGGCUGAAGCUUUGGCUGUGUGUAUCUGGGGCCAACCCUUGACGUUUCUCCAGCUGGGGAUUGAAAUGAUGAAUACUUAUUUAUUUCGUGGAGCCUUCUCGCAGAUCACCUUUCUCUGCACUUACAUGUCCAUGAUUGCAAUGAGCCGAUACAAGGAUCUCGAACUUGGUGUCAAGCUUAGCGAUGCCGCAGUUAGUCUCUUAAAUCGCUUCAACGAACCCUGGGUUCCUGCGCGGGCUGUUACCACCCAUAAUUAUUUUGUUAAUCAUAUGAGGAUGCCGAUGUCAACGACAUUACCACACCUCGAGAGUGCCAUGGAAGCAGCCUUUUUGCUGGGUGAACGAUAUUUGAUACUGGUCAACGUGUCUGCAAUGGUAUUCACGCGAUUUUGUCUAGGCCACGACCUUGGCGAGUUGGAAGCACUGUGUAAUUAUGCACCCGAGGAAAUCGCUGAUUGGGAAAACGACCCACGUGGCGGAGUUUAUAUCGUCUCUGUCCGCGAGAAGUAUAUUGCUAUUCAUGGCCUGAACUCCCACACUCUUGAUUUGUAUCGUGCAAUGAGUUUGGUGCCACUCUAUUUCUACGGUUAUUACGAGAAGGUAGUGGAGAUUGGCACUGAUAUGAUGAAAACGGUGGCUGGCCUCUGGUCGCUGCGCGCUGCCACUCAGACAUAUUUCUAUCUUUCUUUAGCUAUGCUUAACCUCCAUCUUGAUGAUCCAUCCAGACCUGGCCUCGAGGAGACCAUCAACCAGGUCAGGGAGUACAAGAAAGAAAUCGACUUUAAGGCCCGAGCAUGCGACGCGAAUUACGGUACAUGGGCAUUAUUGCUUGAAGGUCUAAUAUGUGAGGCAUCCGGCAAAUUUCAGAGUUCUCUCGUUGCCUUUGAGGCGGCACUCGAUCAUGCCCAGUGGCACAAAUGGCCUCUGGAGGAAGCCCUUGCUCUCGAGCUUCAAGUCGACUUUUUUGUUCGACGUGGCGUUAAACGGGCUGCUCAGUAUUUGCUGCAGGAAGCAAUCGCCUCUUGGAACCGUAUCAGUGCAACAGGAAAAGCUAAGCACCUUUCAGAAAAACAUGAGUGGCUUCUAAGAGUUGGAUCUUCAGCAUCGAGAUCGAAUGAUGUUGGUUGUCAAACUGUUGAUUCGAUACUGAAUGUUCCGACGAGAAAUACAGAACCAGCGUCAAACUCCAUUCAUCCCCACCUUGAAGAUGAACGUAAACGAGAGUGGCUAGAGGAAAAUGAAGAACACGCUGAUAAACGGUCUUUGGAUAUAUCUGGGCUUGGUCUAGAUAUUAUCGACUUGUCCAGCAUUCUUGAAUUUAGUCAGGUCAUGUCCUCCGAAUUACACAUAGACAAGCUACUCACCAAAAUGGUUGGCAUAAUACUCGAGUCGUGUAGCGGGUCCGAAUUAGCACUUGUGGUCACAGAAUUUGAGCCAUAUGGUUGGUUGGUUGCUGCGGCUAGCGAUCACGAGAAUGGAGAUGUAGCUUUCGCCGAUGGCCUCGCUUUCUCUGAAGUGGAAGAUAAAAUGGCACAACAAAUCACACAUUAUACACUGCGUACGAGGGAACCAGUACUCGUCCAUAAUGUCCUGGAUGAUGAACGUUUCUCCAAUGUCAGCGAAGCCUACGCCUCCCGAAACCCGCAGGGAAAAUCCGUUAUAGCCCUGCCUAUUAUUCAAGCCAACAAUCUUCUUGGAGUCAUUCACGUUGAGGGCAAGCCCAAUUCGUUUACUCAACGUAAUCUAGUUGUGCUCCGUCUUGUGUGUAAUCAAGUUGGAAUAUCAUUAGCAAACGCUUUCCUCUAUCGGAACGCGAGUAAAGUUAGUGCUGCUAAUGCCGCUAUGGUCGAGGCUCAGAAACGUGCCUUGUCUCUCGCCAGGGAAGCGGAACGAAAGUCCAAAGUCGCAGAAGCGGAGGCUAAACAUAACGUUAAGCUCAAAGAAGAUGCCGCCAAGGCUAAGUCAAUAUUUCUGGCGAAUGUUUCUCACGAUUUACGUACACCAAUGAAUGGGGUUAUCGGAUUGUCUGAAUUACUUAAGAAGACUAACUUGGACCGGGAGCAGGAUGGUUACGUUGAAUCAAUUCGUGUGUGCGCGGAUACUCUCUUAACGUUAAUUAACGACAUUCUCGACUUCUCCAAACUCGAAGCAGGCAAGAUGAAAGUAUCGACGGUUCCCCUCAACCUCAGAGAAACCAUUGCGGAAGUUGUUCGUGCUCUUCGCUAUACCCACCGUGACCGCGGGCUUCAGACUAUCGAGGACCUUGAUGGUGUUGAUCCGAAUUUAUUGGUUUUGGGAGACCCCGUUCGCCUCCACCAGAUAUUUAUGAACCUGCUAAGCAACAGCUACAAGUUCACUCCCAAAGGUUCCGUCACGGUCAAAGCCAAGGCAGCCGAUGAAGACGAUGGCCGUAUUCGUAUAACGUGCAAAGUUGCCGAUACUGGUAUUGGAAUAUCUGGAGAACAAUUGGUUCGCCUUUUCAGGCCAUUCUCCCAGGCUGACAGCUCGACAGCGAGAUCAUACGGAGGGAGUGGGCUUGGGUUGAGCAUCUGCAAAGCGAUAAUAGAGGAUGUGCUUGGCGGAAAGAUUUGGCUCCAAUCUGAGGAAGGGGUAGGCACGACUGUUACCUUUACGCUAGUACUCAGCAAAGCCCCGAAGAAUGCUGUGGUGAAAACACCAUGGUCUCAAGAUAGCACUCAAGAAAAGAAGCAGGUCCCCAUGAGACAGGCAAUCAGAGAUCUCAAAUCUGUUUCCCGAAACAGAAUCCGUGUCUGCAUUGCCGAAGAUAACCCGAUCAAUCAAAAAAUUGCAGUGACUUUCGUGAAGAAUUUGGGGCUGGAGUGCGAGGCGUUCAGUGAUGGUCAGCAAGCUGUGGAGGCUCUUAGGCGUGCAUCUGGAGAAGGAAACCCAUUCCACCUUGUCCUCAUGGAUGUUCAAAUGCCAGUUUUAGAUGGGUACAAUGCCACGCGCAAGAUUCGCGAGGAUUCGGAUCCUAACGUCAACGAUGUCCUCGUCAUCGCCAUGACCGCCAGCGCUAUUGAAGGCGAUCGCGAAAAGUGCAUAGACGCCGGUAUGAACAAUUACCUCGCUAAGCCCGUCAGGUCAGAUGUGCUCAGAACGAUGCUUGAUCGGUAUCUAGCUCCUUCACUGGAGUCUGAGCUCCCGAGACGGGGUUAUCGGUGGCGCCGAGCAUCCUCGCAUGCGGUUGCUGCCGCCCCGUCCCCCGUUGAAGAGGAACCGCAAACAAACAACGGGCAUGAACUCAAAUCCAUGACCUCCAUUCAGGGGAAGCCAGGGGAUAUGUAUGCGUUCAUGCCUAACGCUGACUCGAAACCGCCCGACAGCCCAACGGCGGGUCCCUGUUUCAGUCCCGAACAGACGACAUCUCCUGCUGGUGCUGCUGGUGCUGCUGCUGCUGCCGCUGCCACCGCUGUUGAUACCUCAGACACUCGUAUAAAUACGAAUGGACAUGGGGAGGGCUCAGCGCCUGCGGAGUCGUCGAAAUAG